CCUCACACAUCGCGUACAUCUAGAGAUGAACUAAAAUUCUAAAAUAUCAGAAGCUGCAAUCUUUUCUGUGGAGAGUCGUUGCCUGCCAGCAUCUGUAUCAUCAUCUCUGUAAUCGAUCUCCUCCAAUAUUGUUUCUCCAACGUUUGUUGUCAAGUUUCUCAGAGUUUUGCAUCCAUAGAAUUAGGGAUACUCUCCGAUGGACUCCAAAGAUUUAGCUCCCGAGCGAACAAUGGAAAAAACGCCAACAUGGGCUGUGGCGGUGGUUUGCUUUGUGUUGAUCGUUAUUUCAAUCUUCAUCGAGCAUAUUAUUCAUGUUGUUGAACAUUGGUUAAAACACAGAAACAAGCGAGCUCUUGGGGAAGCGCUUGAAAAGAUCAAAGCAGAGCUUAUGCUAAUGGGAUUCAUAUCCUUGCUCCUAACGGUGUUGCAAGAUCCCGUUUCUGGCAUAUGCAUAUCAAAGAACAUUGGAGACACUUGGCAUCCCUGCGACCCUGACAAAAAGGAAGGUCGGAAACUACUCCAAUUUUUGGAAUCUGGCUUCGUUGAGAGGCGAAGGUUAGCAAAAGGACAUGAUAAAUGCGCAGACAGGGAUAAAGUUGCCUUUAUGUCUGCGUAUGCGAUUCACCAGCUCCAUAUAUUCAUCUUUGUCUUGGCCCUUUUUCAUGUGCUUUACUGCAUCAUCACCAUGGCUUUGGGCAGAACCAAGAUGAGAAAAUGGAAGGCUUGGGAGGUCGAAACACAGACACUUGAAUAUCAGUACUACCACAAUGAUCCAGAUAGAUUUAGGUUUGCGAGGGAUACAUCAUUCGGACGAAGACAUUUGAACUCUUGGAGCCGAUCAACAAUUUUGCUUUGGAUAGUGUGUUUCUUUAGACAAUUCUGGGGAUCAGUUAAAAAGGUUGAUUACCUUGCACUGAGACAUGGAUUUAUCGUGGCACAUCUGACGCCGGACAGUGGAACCAGAUUUAAUUUUCAAAAGUACAUCAAGAAAUCACUUGAAGAGGAUUUUGUUGUAGUGGUAGGGAUCAGUCCUAUCCUAUGGUUCUUUGCGGUCUUAUACCUACUGUCCAACCCAGAUGGAUGGUAUUCUUAUCUAUGGCUGCCAUUUAUCCCGUUGAUUAUAAUCCUCUUGGUGGGUGCAAAGCUACACAUGAUCAUUACAGAAAUGGGACUGAGAAUACUAGAGAGAGGGGAUGUGGUUAAGGGCACACCUGUGGUGCAGCCAGGUGACGACCUUUUCUGGUUCGGAAAUCCUCGCUUCAUUCUCUUUCUCAUUCACCUUGUUCUCUUUCAGAAUGCAUUUCAACUGGCCUUCUUUGUGUGGAGUAUGUAUGCAUCUAAAAGCGUGAUUAAUUGCUUCCAUCCGCGCCUCGAAGCUAUCGUUAUCAGAGUUUUACUGGGGGUCAUCAUACAGUUUCUGUGCAGUUAUGUGACUUUGCCUCUCUACGCUCUAGUGACUCAGAUGGGCUCUACCAUGAAACCCACCAUCUUCAAUGAUCGAGUGGCGAAGGCGUUAAAAAACUGGAGUCACGGGGCAAAAAAGAAGAAGCACGGCCAUCGUGAUCAUUAUCAUUCAGAGGGCAAUUCACCAUUUUCAAGCAGACCAGCGUCUCCAACACACGGCAUGUCCCCAGUUCACCUCUUGCACAGCAAUCACCAUAAAAGCGUUGACAGCUUGCAUACAUCUCCCAGAAAGUCCGAUGCUAAUGAAAACGAUCAGUGGGACAUGAGAGAAAUACCAUCCAUAUCCCCAGGGAGCCGAUCAAGGAGAUUAGUACACGCGAUGGACGACUCUCAUCAUUAUUCCAGCUUGACUAGGCAUUCUAAGCAAGAGGUCAUGAGGCCAAUUGAUGAUGAUCGUCUAGAUCUGGAGCCAAGCUCAUCAUCGCAAUUGUCUCCGCCACCGGGAUCAGCCGUUCGCAGUACUCAACAUGAAAUCGACAUGGCUGUGUCUGAUUUCUCAUUUCGUAAGUUAGGAUGAGCCAAAUUAAUAAGGAGAUUCUUGAGUACGUCAUACGAGAAUCUAAUUCCUAUAUAUGUUUGUACCAAAGUGGACAUUUUUUUUUUUUGUACAUGAUCGCAAGCAGCAAUUAUGUCUAAGGAAAAAAAAAAAGGAAAAGUUUUAUUAUGUACAAAUAAACUUACAUAUUAAUAUUAAUGACUUUAUAUUUAAAAUUUAAA